AUGUCCUGGUUACUGAAUUCUCUCGUCGGCAGUCCGCGAGCCGACGACGACGACGACGACGAAGUUGACGAAGAGAACGACGACACUCUCCUUCCUGCCGCCGGCUCCUCCGACAAUCCCGACAGCCCCGACAGCGCAGCGCGGGAUGCGGCGGCAGCGGCGGGGGUGCGCGACGACCUCACGGAGCUGCAGCAGUCGCUCACCAAGCACUGGCGGGGCGUCGCCUCCUUCCUCACAGGCGAACCCCGCCGGGUCCCCUCCGCUCCCCCGCCCGUCGCCUCCGCUUCCGCUUCCGCUUCCGCUUCCGCUUCCGCCGCAGCCUCCGCCUCCGCGAACGACGCGGCGUCGCUAGACCCGCCGGCGCCGCUGUCGCCUGAGGAGACGGCGGGGCUGUCGCGCGACGAGGUGCGCGCGCUGCGAUGGCGGCAGGAGUUGUCGCGGCAGGCGGAAAAGGACAAGGACAAGGAGAAAGGCAAAGCCGGCGCCGCCGCUGCUGCGCCGCCGCCAGGCCGGGGGGGUGCCGCGGAAGAUGCGCAAGGGGCGGGUGAGGGGGGAGCGGAGGGGGAGGAAUCGGAGGAGGAUGCGAGCGCGCGCCACGCGCGGCUGUCGGGGGUGCGCGAGGACUUGGCGGAGCUGUCGCAGCGCGUGAAGCGCGGGCUGACGUCCGUGAUCCGCGUGGUGACGGGCGACGACGCCGCCGCCGGCGCCGGCAAGGGCGCGCGAGCAGGCGGACGAGGAAAAGCGCGGCGGGGCGAAGAAGACGACGACAGCGAUGGAGCGGAAGAGGAUGAGGGAGGAGAAGAGGAGGAGGAGGACGAGGAGGAAGAGGGGGACGAGGGGGAGGAGGAGGAGGACGGGGGCGAGACGCUGUUAGAGGCGGCGCAGGAGGACAUCAAAGCCAUCUCCAGCACCCUCGCCACCGGCAUCACGGGCGUCGGCCGCCUCGCGUCGCGCCUCUUCGCCGCCACCGACGCGCAGCUCGGCCGCGCGGAGGGCUCCGGCGGAGACGGGGAGCACGCGGAGGGCGCGGGCGCGGGGAUGGGGGAGGGGGAGGAGUUCGGGGAGGCGGAGGUGGCGGUGGGCGUGACGGCGGACGUGGUGCAGUUCGCGCAGAACCUGUCGGGGCAUCCCGAGACGUGGAUCGAGUUCCCUCUGCCAGACGAGGAGGACGAGGAGGAAGACUUCGAGGUGGCGGGGUCGCAGGAGGAGCACAUAGAGGCGGUGGAGGCGAGGGUGCCGCGGCUGGUGGCGCUGCGCAUGGAGCUCACCCCGCAGCACCUCAGCGAGCGCCGCUUCUGGAAGAUCUACUUCGUGCUGCUGCACUCCCGCAUCCCGCCCGCUGCUGCCAAUCUCCUCUCCACGCCCCCCAUCCUGAGAGCCAGGGACCAGGUAUUGGCAGCGCUACGCCAGCAGUCUGCAGCAGGCACGGCAGGAGACUCGCCCUCCCCAUCCCCUUCCGCUGAUGCUGCUCCCACCGCUGCUGAUGCUGCUGCUGGUCAAGGGGCAGAGGGGGUUAAGGCAGGGAGUGCACUGCACCAGGUGGGAGAGGAGGGAAAAAAGGGGGCGGGUGAGGCAGCCGGGAGCAGUGCUGACGUGGCAGCAGCAGUCGCAGGUGUGAGGGAUGAGGAUGUGGAUGAUGAUUGGCUGGAGGAGGAGAGUGGAGGGGUGCUGGGUGGUGGAGGGGGAGGGGGGGCAGUGGGAGGAGGAGCAGGAGGGGUGGAUGAUGGGGAGGAUGUGUCUUUCAGUGACUUGGAGGACGAGGAUGAGGAGGGGGAGAAGGCUAAGGUAGACAGUAGCAGGGUGCAAGCGGGAAGCAGCGAAGCAGCAGCAGCGACAGCAGCAGAAGCAGGAGCAGCUGGAGCAGGGGACGGGAUUGAUGAUCUUGAUGAUGAUCUGGAUGGUGAUUUGGAUGGUGAUUUGGAUGGUGAUUUGGAUGGUGAUUUGGAUGGUGAAGAUGACACUGAGGGAGAGAAUGUGGCUGCUGUUGCUGCAGGUGAGGGGGCGAGCGCUGAUGGCAGCAGUGCUGUGCAGGGCGAGCAGACACAAGGCCCUGCAGGGGCAACAGCUGCGGCUGAUACUGCUGCUCAUACUGCUGCGGCUGCUGAAGAGGCAGGGGAUAAAGACAGUGUUGUUGCGAGUGGGGGAGGUGCGGGGGAGGAGGCGGGCAAGGAGGCGGGGAAGGAGGCGGGGAAGGGAGGGGCAACGGAGUGGGAGAGGAGGAUAUUGCUUGAUGCUGCUGCUGUUGCUGUGCCUUUCGAAUCAAGGUGGUUCUUUGUCGGCCUUGCACUGGACCAUUUAUUUGUAUGGGUGGGUAGUGGUGCUCCCCUUGCUACCUCGUCUUCCCUGGCGCUGCUGUGGGCGUACGACCCAGCAGCGCAGCGGUGGUACAGCCACGGGUGCCUGCCGCCCAUGCGCGGCAUCUGCCACUCCUCCACGCUGCUCGCCCUGGGGCCCUGCCUCCUGCUGCUCGGGGGAUCCUGUAGCUCCGCCUGCUGCACGCCGGGAGGAGGCGUGUGCGGCCCAUCGAGGGCAGUGUGGCGUUACAACGUGGUAAUCGGCAAGGCGCGGCGGCUAGCGGACAUGACAUGCCCGCGCUUCAACUUCGCUGCUGCCGUGCUGCCCUCCUCCGGGCGCAUCAUCGUGGCCGGCGGCACUGGCAUCACCACUGCUGCUGCUGCUACUGAUACCGCACCCACUGCCCUUAGUACCGAUAGUGGCAGCAGUGAUGGUAGCGGGGGGGAGGCGAGGGAGUGGGCAGUGGUGGGUGACAACGCACUGCAGGCAGCAGAGCUAUACGACCCCACCACCAACCGCUGGCUGCCCCUGCCCGCGCUGCCCCACCCCACUCGCUCCGCGCAGGGCCUCGUGCUGGCGGAUGAAAGCUUCUGGGUGGUUUCCACCUCGUCCCUGUGCGCCACACGGACAUUGUCUGCUCAGGUGCUGGACGCGCCUGCACUGGCUGCUGCUGUUGCUGCUGCUCUGGGGGGGACGGAGCGUGGCAGGAGGGGGAGUAAGGAAGGCUGGGGAGGAAGGAGGGAAGGGCACGGGACAGGGGAUGUGAGCACGGGGAGGGCGAGUGGUGAGGUUGAGAGAGGAGGCAGUGGGACGCACUCGUGGGGUUGCACGUCCCCUUCCCCUGCAUGGCGUGUGGUGCCUAGUAUGCUACCAAGCAACGUGGCAGGGCUGGUGGCCACGCGGGUGACCACAGCCAAUGGGCAGCUUGUUCUCACCAACCACGUGGCCCCCAUGUGCCACCACGUGCUACAGUACCUGCCUCAUACCAACUCCUGGCGGGACGCUGGGAAGCUUCCUGUGUGCGGGUUCCGGGGAUUUGGGGUGGUGGGAGUGAAUGGGCGACUGCUGGUGGAGGGGGGCGUCGAGGCGGCAGGGGUUGAUGGAGGAGUGGGGUUGGAUCCUGGAAGGUUCCUGCAGCGAACACCGUAUGUGAAUGUUUUCCAGCCUAGGAUGUGGGGCGUGCAGGAAGGGGAGGAGGUGAGGCAUGAGCGGGGCAGGGGAGGGGGGGAGUCUGUGAGAAGCAGUGGAGGGGAUGGAAGGGGCCAUGGGGUUAGGCAAGGAGGCGAUGAGGCGCAAAGAGGCAUAGACGGUCAUGGCAUACUGGCAAUGGAACUUCGUGCUGACCCAGCAAUGGGGCUUCUGGGGAGGGGAAUGGCUGAGAACGAGACGAGCAGGCAGAGUGUCAGCCACUCGUACCAAGGGGACAUUGGCGGAGCAGAGGGGCCUGUGUGGAGAAGUGAAGCGGGGCAAGCGGGUAUCAGAGAGAAUGCUAGUACCAACAUGCAUGCACCUGCACAUGAGCAGCAGGGGAAUGGAAUACCAGCACCUGCGGGUGGGCAUGGAGAUGGAGAGGGUGUGGAAGGUGUGGAAGGCGGUGCAGGCAGUGAGGUUGUGUUGCAGGAGGCAGUGUGGAGGCCCGUGCGGCCGUUUGGCAACGCGGGUGUUCCUCGCGUGUGCCAGUGGUGCGUAGUGUCCACGCUUUAG